UCAAUUUCAUUCAGUGGUGGGAGGAAGCUAUUGUAGUCUCUUCCUCUUCAUCUUCUCCAAGUACAAGUAUGGCUGUAGAUCUAUGGAAAAUACUGAAAGAUUCAAUCACACCUCUCUCUGACAACAUAUUUUACUUUCUACUAUGUUGUCUCGGAGAUUUCUGGUUCACCUGAUCAUGGUCGCCACCACAGAUUUCGAGGAAGAGAUGCCACCCACAAUUCAGCUUGGAGAGAAAUCUGAAGAGGAAUUGAUGGGUUUGAUUCAAAGAAGAUGGCAAUUAAGGCUCAGAUCUAUCAUAUUUCUCAGAGCAGGAACUGAAGACAAGGUAAAUUGCUUGAACAUGCAAAGGAGUUUAGGAGAUUGAAGCUUUUUUAAUGCCGUUUCAAAAACAAGAAAAGAUUGAAGUUGUUGUGACGGAAGGAGGAGAUUCUCCUGUAAGGAGAUGGGAGGACCUUGAUAUCGAUAUAUUGUUGAAGAUAUUCCAGUCCGUUGACCUUUUCCAGUUGAUCUCUAUAAUUCCUCAAGUUUGUCGGUCAUGGCAAUUGGCUUGUUCUGACCAACUUCUCUGGAAAACGCUGGAUUUGUCAGUAAUGCAGUCAAAUUUUGUUAGAAUUACAAUACCACCGUAUGUAUAUGUCGACAGUCCAUCUCGUGAAAAAUUGACCCACCUCCUAAAGAUUUGUUUGAACCUUAGUCGUGGAAACAUACUGACAUUGAUCUUCCAUUUCAAUUUGUAUGUUGACAACAAUCAAUUGGCUUAUACUGCCAAGAGGUGUCCAGGGCUUAAACGCCUUGUUAUGCCUGCUUGGGAAAAACUAGAAAAGGCAACAAUAUGCAGUGCUUUUCGUAAAUGGAAAGAUCUUGAAUCACUGACGAUGCCUAGUUUAGAAGAACCUGCAUAUAUCAUCAAGAAAAUUGGAAGGAGUUGCAAAAAACUUUCUGAAUUGAAGAUUAUGGGUCCCUGUGAUAUGCUGUUGGCCUCUACACUGGUAUCAUUUCUUCCGAACUUGAAAGUGUUGAGUGUGAGGUGUACGGAGUUACCUAAACCUGCUUUGGUUAUUCUCUUAGAGGAAUUAAAACAGUUGAAAGUGCUCAACAUAUCGCAUUGCAUAAUUACUGAAUACCUUCCUCCACCCGCACCUAUGAAAAUUCUGACCGAGCUUGAUGAAUCCAUUCUCGAAAAAGCAUCUAGGUUAGACAAAUUCCUAACCUGCAUGAGUGACUCAUGCAUCAUGUGUCAGCGCACUCGGAAUAAUGAAGGGUUCAUGAAGUGGUAUAAGUAUGCAGACCUCUGGAAAGUGGAUGAAGUGAAGUCUCUUGCAAUUUGAAAACUUUAAGAAUGUUUUGCUUCAUUAGUUGAAGGUGCAGUAUGUGUAAACUUGUGUGUAUGAAACACAAUAAAACCUUGUAAUGCUAUUUCUGUGUUGUAAGUUUUCUCUUUGACAG